UCCCAGUAUUUUUGUCUUCACUCCACCUCAUUUCACGUGACGCCUCUAUUAUUUUGGCUUCCUCCUUCACAUUGGUUUGCAUAACCAAAGCAAAACCCUCCUUUGCCUUCUUUUCCUUCCCAACAACCUAGGUUACACUUUACACAUUUCCCUUCGCACACUCCACAAUAAUAAGAUUCAGUAUCACUUUUUUACUCUAACCCUUAUUUUCAUGUCUCCAUGUCUUAAUUUCUUAGUUUCUCUCCAUGUCUCCCUUCAGUUCUUGCAGUUUUCAUCGUCUUCUCAUAGUUAUUACCUUCACAUUUUUCUGGGUUUUCAAUUUUUCUAGAGCCACUCAGUCAUGUUCUUCACUGGCAGAAGCCACUACUGGAUCUUCAUGUCCUCCUUUCACUUCAACUCCUCCCUUUCCUUUCUCUUCUUCGCCUGGUUGUGGCCAUCCUUCAUUCCAGGUUAAAUGUUCAUCUUCCUCUUCCCACGCUGUUAUAUCCAUUAAUACCCUUAAUUUUUCACUCCUUCAUUACGAACCCAACUCUACCUCUCUCAGUCUCUCUCCACAACCCACCAUAUCAACAAAUUCUUGUCCGUCGUUGCACUUGCUUGCAGUGCCUGACCAUUCUAUUAACUUCUCCGGCUCACCAUUCCGAGUCUCCGAUGCCUCUUGCUCUCGUCUUUCUGUUCUUCGUUCUUGUACCCCGCCAAAUCUUCCCAACUGUAGCCAUUGUCCAUUUCAAUGCAAGCUCGUCAAGAAUCCAGCAAAGCUUGUCCAUGGUUGUGAAUCUACACACCGUAUUGAUCUCUCAUCUGAUCAGGGUUGCCAAAUCGACGUGUUGGAUUUUCUUGAUAAUUUCUUGCAAUCUGCGGGUAUCCAAGUUGAGUUUGAUGAAGCUCAAGACUCCUACUUUUCAAGCUGCAAAUUUUGCCAUGCUCAGAACGGUGUUUGUGGCUUCAACUCCUCGCACCCCAACAAGCCAUUUAUAUGUUUCCACUCCGAAUCUAGCUUAUCACCUACUUGGAUCCAUGAAACCAACUUGAAUCGCAUCGCAAUCUUGAGCACCAUCUUCGCAUUAACAUGUUUACUGCUUGCAUUUUCAGUUGGCAUAGCUAUUCUCAGGUCUAGACAGUUCAAAUCAGCCACAGAGGCAGAUCCAACAGCUCUCUUUCUUCACCGUCACCGCUUGGCUGGUCUCCUCCCUCCCGUUUUCACCUACGAAGAGCUCGAAUUUUCAACUAAUAAGUUUGACCCGAAGCGCAAGAUCGGUGAUGGAGGGUUUGGUUCAGUCUACUUAGGUCAACUGUUGGAUGGCCGAAUCGUCGCGGUAAAAUAUCUCCACUGUAAACAACAACACAACACACCAUCUUCUACAAAAGCUUUCUCUACUAAAUCUUUUUGCAAUGAAAUAUUGAUUUUGUCCACCAUUGAUCAUCCAAAUCUCGUCAAACUUCACGGGUACUGCAGCGACGCAAGAGGUUUACUUUUAGUUUAUGAAUAUAUCACCAAUGGAAAUCUUGCAGACCAUCUUCAUGGAUCACAUAGUUUGCAUCGGAAAGGAUCUUUAACGUGGCAAGUGAGACUAGACAUUGCUCUGCAAACAGCUUUAGCUCUCGAGUACUUGCAUUUCUCAGUUGUGCCACCAAUUGUUCACAGAGAUAUCACAACGUCAAAUAUUUUUGUUGAGAAAGACAUGAGAAUCAAGGUUGGAGAUUUCGGGUUGUCAAGGCUAAUGAUUCUUCCCGAGACGACGUCGUCCUCAAGUUCUGGUUUUGUGUGUACAGGACCUCAGGGUACACCUGGGUAUUUAGACCCGGACUAUCACCGAUCUUUUCGGUUGACAGAAAAGAGUGACGUGUAUAGUUUCGGUGUGGUGCUGUUGGAGUUGAUUUCAGGGCUGAAAGCAGUGGAUCAGAGUAGAGACAAGCGUGAGGUGGCAUUGGCGGAUUUAGUGGUGUCAAAGAUCCAGUUGGGGAUGCUCCAUCAGGUGGUGGACCCGGUUUUGGUGGAUGAUGGGGAGGCAAUGGACGGUGUUGAUGCGGUUGCUGAACUAGCGUUCCGGUGUGUCGCGGCUGAUAAAGAUGACCGUCCGGAUGCAAGGGAAAUAGUGGAGGAGCUGAAAAGAAUCAGAAACAUCCGUACACGUGAGUGUGGGCGUCCUGGGUCCAAUUCUAAUGUAAAUGACGUGUAAGACAAAACAGAACUGAUAUGAUGUGAUGUGUUGUGAUUUGAGAGGAAUUAUGAGUGGGGUUUACCCGCAAAUGUACAUGUGGGUGGUGAGGUUUGACUGAGUUGAUAUCAGAAGUGUUUGGUAAGAAAAGAAUGUCAAUACAUUUGCCAUCUGCGGUAAAACCAUCUCAAUAUACAAAAAAAUAAUGGGAGACGGACUAUUUCCCACCCAA